CUAGUUCAAAAGACAAAAACCCUAUUGAAUGUGACAUGUCUUUUUACGGUGUAAUUCAAGAAAUUUGGGAAUUAGAUUACAGUAGUUUUCGAAUCCCUGUUUUUCUUUGUGAUUGGGUUAGGAGUGAUAAUGGGGUCAAAGACGAUGAAUUUGGAUUCAAGUUGGUGGACUUGAACCGAAUCGGACACAAGUCCGAUAGGUUUAUAAUGGCGUCCCAAGCAAGUCAAGUGUUUUACAUGAGUGAUCCAUUAGAUGCACGCUGGUCAGUUGUCUUGACGACACAACCAAAAGAUUAUGAUAAUCAAGAGUGUAAUGGCGAUGAUCUCAUGCUUAGUGACCAAAUUCAUCAAAUCACCCCACCACCUGUUGAUGUCACCGUUGGGGACGAUAUCAUAUCAUCUCGUGAUGAUGGUGAAGGAUUAUGGUUGAACGAAUCUAUCAACACAUGAUUCAUAUAUCAAACACGUAUUGGUAUUUAGUCUUUUUCAUAUAUUUACAUUUAGCUAUUAUUUUGACUAUUCUUGUAUAUUCUAAUGUAUGAUUUUAAAUUUGUGUAGGCUUUUAUAUCAUGGAACGAGGUGGGGACGAUGAGUGGAGUGCAUGCUUGGAUUAUGAUGGUCCAUCCUUGCCAGAAGGAUCUAGUGUUGAUCCUGAACAGCCAUCCGUGGAAGAAGGUAGUGGUGAUCCUGAAGAACAAACACAAAAAAAUACUCGCGGGAGAAGCAAACGAAAUGAUAUAACAAAAAUGGUUAGCGAGGGAAAAAAGAUGGAGAUUGAGUACAAUCACUACGGACAACACUGGGGAACGGGAGGGACGGCAAAAGUUACCCGAAUUGGAGCAUGGGUGCGAACUAAUAUUCCACUUAGAGACAUUACGUGGCCUAAAGUGAGCCAGGACCUUAAAAACCAAUUAUGGGAACACAUAAAGGUCGCGUUUGAUGUACUGCAUACGUAUAAGAGGAUGACAAUUGCUAAAGGUGGAGAUAGGUGGAAAGAUUGGAAAAGUACCCUAACAGAAGGUAUUUUUACAUUCAAAGAUGUCGCUCCCCAUCUUCUCGAGAAGCCCCCCAAACUUUAUGAAAAAAUAAUUAAUUUGCAAGAAUGGAGAGAGUUUGUGGACUCGAGAUUAAGUCCAGAAUUUGGUGUGAAGAGGAAGAGGGCCCAAGAGAGUAGGGCUUGUAAUCUUUAUCCCCAUCGCACUGGACGAGGUGGUGUAAGGAUGAUUCAAGAACAGAUGGAGAAAGAGGUCGGCCACCAAAUUACUGAAUUUGAUAGAUCUGAAAUUUGGAAAAGAUCUCGCACUAAGUCUAAUGGCGAGGUGGAGGGCCCAACUGCAGAAGUCGUUAAACGGAUUGAUGAAUUACGCAAGCAAGUGGCAGAGGGUCUUGUACAAGUGGAUGGUAAAAGAGACGUGCUGACCAUGGCGCUCGGGACAGAUGAGCAUGGUGGUCGGGUUUGAGCCAUGGGUUUCGGCGUCACCCAAACCCAAUAUUUCAACACACCACGCCCUAAAAGGAAAAAUGUCGAUGGGUCGAACCAGGCAUCAUCUGAAUUGGAGAGACGCGUGCGUGAGACAGAGGAACGCAACAGAAAGUUGAAGGAUAAAGUGGAUGAGCUCAUUCGUUUUAUUAGUUCCCAACAUAGCAGCGUUGCAUCUGGUUCCGGUGUUGGAGGAGCAUCAACUGAACCACCGAACGUUGACAUUGCCUCCGAACCAGUAGCACGACCGUCGAGUGCUGCCAAUGUCUACUCUGCACCACAUCCCAUAGCACAACCGUCAGGUGAUGCCAAUAUCUACUCUGCACCAGAUCCCAUAGCACAACCGUCGGGUACUGCUAAUGUCUACUCUCCAUCACCCCCGCGUUUUCAAGAGGAAAUUGCUCCAGCAGCAGCACCGCCACCUACUGGUGGUAGUUCGGAAGAGACCUUACCAUGUUGGAUGCACUGUCUGUUGGAGCCUAGUGGGAUGGUACUGAAGGUUGCUUCAGGCCACAUUGUGAAGGAGAAAUAUUUGAAAGAUGGAAAGUUUUCCAUUAACAUGGAAGAAUACCUACACAAAGAUUAUCGUCGGGUAUAUAUCGAAGAAGCCAAUAUGGAGAAUGCACUGCUCCCGUGUCCCUUAGUCGACGAUUCAUUGAUGACAGUAGGUCAAGCUGUAAAUGGUCAUGUGGCAUGGCCAAAAGACUAUCUUACACCUGUUGGGAAAUAUUUGACACAACCACCCACCAAGAAACUUCAGAAGCAACCCGUGAAGAAAAGCUCUGAAGAUUUACUCGGUCCUCCAACACAGCCUCUAAAACACCCUGGGAGGCCGAGUAAGGCAAAAGUUAAUGCAAAGUAUGCCCAACCACGCCAAACUUCUUCCAUUAUUGCAUUUUGGAACUUCGUCAAAAGGUGGCCCAAGUCAUCCAUGCUCCAAUUCCAAGUCCAGAAUGAGCUAUUUGGGGUCGCAGAUGACUCUAUUUGGCUUGCUAAGAGUGACAUUCAAGAAUUGUGCACCAUGCAAUACUUGGGAGCCCAACAAAUAGGAGUUUGGUGCAAGUACCUUAAAGAAAGACUGUUGGACAUGGGUGGGUUGAAUCGAGUCUAUGAAUUUUUGAAUCCGGGUGCGAUUGCCACCGAUGCAGGGGAUGAGAGUAAUCGUUGCCAAGCACUAGUCGCUCGAAUGACUAGGAUGACUAAUUCAGAGAAAUGGCUUAUUGCCCCAGAUAAUAAUAGGUAUAUGUAGAUGUAAACUAAAUAA